AUGAUUGACAAUGCGAAUAUUUCCAGUGCCAUGAAGAUCAUGCUGUCCAAGUUGCCUCGUCCGUGGAUAGUUGACGAUGCUAAAGAUGACGGUUAUACUGCCCUACAUCUAGCAGCAUUUAACAACCACGCUGAAGCCGCUGAACUCCUGGUACGAGCUGGAGCACGCCUGGACCUUCAGAAUGCUAAUCUACAAACAGCUCUGUACCUCGCUGUUGAGAGACAACACACACAAAUAGUCCGCCUACUGAUAACUCAUGGCGCUAAUCCUAAUAUUUGUGAUAAGGAUGGUGACACUCCUCUUCAUGAGGCGCUACGUCACCACACUCUACAGCAGUUACGCAGGCUACAGGACACUCGUGAUACAUCCUUAUUAGGAGGCAUCGCUCACUCCUACGAUAAGAAGUCCUCCGCUUCUAUCGCAUGCUUUCUUGCAGCUAAUGGUGCUGACCUGACCAUCAAAAAUAAGAAAGGACAGACUCCGUUGAAUCUGUGUCCCGAUCCGAAUCUCCGCAAAACACUAACAACAUGCCGCAAAGAGAGCACCGGCGCGCCAAGUGAAAGUACGCCAGAAAGCGAGGAUUCUGCCACAACUGCGACAUUUACUCCACAACCAGGACCUAGUACGGCUCCAACCACGGAAACUCCCGCAGAAAAUCCUCCAACAGACCCCAGAACAGAUGAAUGUCUCGUCUGCUCGGACGCUAAACCCGAUACGCUGUUCCGCCCGUGCGGGCACAUUUGUUGCUGCAACGUCUGUGCAGCUAGAGUGAAGAAGUGUUUAGUGUGUCGUGCAUGCGUGUCAUCGAGACAGCGUAUCGGUGAAUGCGUGGUUUGUUCGGAGGCUCCUGCCACUGUGAUGUUCCGUCCGUGCGGCGAUGUAUGCGCAUGCGCACAGUGCGCUCCACUUAUGCGGAAGUGCGUUGAAUGCCGCACGCCGCUGCAGCCUCCCGCCGCAGCCUCCACAUCCGCCGCCCCGGUAGCACCUCUCCCUCCCUCCCUCCCCGUAGUUCCACCCCCCGCGCCCCUACCCUCCCCCUCUGCUACAGCCAUCGCAACCACAGAUGCCCAGCAAAAUGAAGGUGGGGAAAGCAGCAAUCUGGCUCAAUUGCAGGUCAACAAAGGUCAGCCGGCCCCAACGCCCGCCGCGCCGCAUCACCUCAACAACGGCAGCCGCUCACAACACGCACCCGCUGACGUACAGAAAUUACAACAACAACUCCAGGAUAUUAAAGAACAGACAAUGUGCCCAAUAUGCUUGGAUCGUCUCAAGAACAUGAUCUUCCUUUGCGGGCAUGGGAUGUGCCAGAUGUGUGGAGACCGCAUCACUGUAUGCCCCAUAUGUAGAAAACAAGUCGAGAAAAGAAUUCUGUUAUAUUAA